AUGGCUCGCUGGCUCCAGGGCGCCAGCGAGCCGUUCAUCAUCUGGACCGACCACCAGAAUCUGAUCACCAUCCAGAACAUCAAGCAGCUCAACCCGAGGCAGGCGCGGUGGCAUCUGUCCUAUCGCCCGGGGUCCAAGAACACCAAGGCCGACGCCCUCUCCAGACAAUAUGAGGGGGAAGCCACCCGGGCGGAACCCGCGCCUGUCCUCCCCUCCUCAAAAAUCAUCGCACCUCUCCACUGGGAUCUAGAGACCAGAUUCGUCCAACGCGCCUUCUGGUGGCCCUCCAUGAUCCCGGACAUCGAAGAGUUCGUUCGGGCGUGCCCAGUGUGCGCCAGGGCCAAGACCACCAACCAGCCGACACCUGGUGAGCUCCAGCCACUACCGGUUCCUCGCCGACCCUGGACGCACAUUGCCGUCGACUUCAUCACGGGCCUGCCGGCUUCAGAAGAAAAGACGACGAUUAUGACCAUCGUGGAUCGGUUCUCCAAAGCUCUGCCUGCGGCGCUCCGAAUCCAUCCGGUUUUCCACACGUCACAGCUGAAACCCUUCACCACGUCUCCUAUGGUUCCACCCUCCCCCCCUGCUCCUCCUCCCCGAAUCAUUGACGGUGGUCCUGCUUACACCGUACGUCGGAUCCUCGAUUCGCGUCCUAGGGGCCGAGGCACCCAAUACCUGGUCGACUGGGAAGGCUAUGGUCCCGAGGAGCGAUCUUGGAUUCCGGCCCGGUUUAUUCUCGACCCGGAACUUAUCAGGGACUACCGUCGCCGGGUAUCCUCCACCCCAGGACCAAAUAUAACCGAAUUGAAUAAACAAUGCGAUCUUUCUUCUAACAAUUUCCUGCUUCUCUAUUUGCUGCCAGCUGUUUUUAUUUUAUUACUGCUGUCAUUUGUCGAGCGCAGAAAGAAUCUUUACGCCUUUGAGAAGAGAUUUCCAUGUCUGAGAGGCAGAUUCGGCAUUGUGGUCCCUCUUGACUUCAUGAGCUCUAUGGAGAACCGAUGGUCCUACGCUUUUGCUUUUGGUGCCACAGCACCUCUGAUAUUUGGUCUGUUUUUUGGCAUUAUCAACCCAUUUCCAUACAGUUCACCACGCUACCUAAAAGCGUUUGUGUACUUGAUAUCAUCUUUGGAGGUGGGCAUCGUCUGCCAACCGUUCUUCGCCUGCCUUUCAACACCUCACAAAAUGCUUGGCGGUGUUCUCGGCCUGCUGUAUACACUUGCCUGGUUUGUUGUGCAGCUGUGGGAUUUAGUGUGGUGUAAAGGGACAUCAACACUCGAUAAGGAGGACUUGUUUGGAUUUUCUCUGCAGUAUGAGUGGAUCAUGUUAACUGAGCAGAUCCUUUCUUCAUGGUGUACUAAGAUGAUCUAUGGACAAUGGAGUGAUUAUUUACACAGCUUUGCAUAUACAACUACUUGGAAGACACACCUGAACUAUGCAACAUAUACCUGGUACAUCACAUCAGUGUGUGCUGCCAUCUCAUCUGUCAUUCAUAUUAGUCAUGUGAUGGUGUAUUACAGGAAGCACAUUAAAUCAUUGUGGGCCGGAAAGAAACAAUAUCUGCCAAAGACAUUCACGCUGAGACCUGCUGUUAGUGUGGCAGGACUUUUGAAGUAUCCUGGCUAUCAGAUCGCUUUCACCAUGUGGGGUUAUCUGAUCGUUCACUUGGCGAUGUUCACAGCUGGAAUGAUGUUUGUGUAUCUGGUUAUAUCACCAAUCCAGGAAAAUGGCUUCCUCUCCUGGCUGCUUGACCAGAUAAUCUUUCUGACAAAUUUCUUCAUUGUGUUCACUCUGAUGAAGCUUCAGUGCAUUGUGAUCAAGUGGGUUUUCCUGCAAGACAAAAACUCACCUCAUGAUAAAGAGAAACCCCUGGCACUCAAUAACAGGAAAGCUUUCCACACCUUUAACUACUACCUCUUCUUCUUUAAUGUGAUCCUGGGCUUGGGGAGCUGUGUGUUACGGUUAAUCAAGAGUGCACUCGUGGCUUUGAUGCUCGUGUCACAUAUUGAGAGGACCGUAAUGCCUCAGGGCUUUAAGAAGUUAGAUGCAAGCCACUGUACAUGGGUGGGAAUGAUAAUAACAGAUCAUCAUCACAAUAAUCCAGUUCUGGUGUGUUUCUGCCACCUGCUGGUCAAACACAGCCUGCUGAGUGUUCAAGUGGAUACAAAACCAGGAACCAUCUUGGAAAACAGUCUUGACUAA